AGAGGAGGCGAGCGUCCCGUAGCAAAAUGGCCGCCAUGCGCGGACGUCUGUCUCCAUUGGCUAACAACGCGCGUAAGCCAUCUAGCGUUGAUAUAUCUAUCUGUGCUCGCCUCUCCGUAUACGUCAUUUCCCGUGCCUCUGUGUCUUCCGUGCGUCGCGCGCAUUCGUAGGCCUCUUUACGACUCGGCUGGCAAAGAUGGCGGAUGCACAAGUAUGUCCAUGAAAACGGCGUGGUGCAUAAAAAGCGAUUUUUAGGCAAUUUCAUGAGCACUUUACUAGGGUUUCUUACGCCCCUGUCAUUAGACGAUGUUAUCUGUACGACCUUCAGUCACUUAAGACCGCAUUUAGGCGUUAGAAAGUGCCUUUUGUUGUUGCUGUUCUACCUCCCCUCGUGUAAUGAUGAACUGGCCGGGAUGCUAACUCGGUUAGCCUACCCUGCUAUCAGUUCUCUCUGGUCUCGCCAGAUUGGUUUUCUGUGUAGUCUGUGUAUACUUUUUAGCAAGGCACAAAAUAACAAAUGAUCAUAUAGCUUUGGCCUUUGGCCUUGAAAUGGAUGACAUUCAUAAAUAGAGGAAGUUCAGUAUGAAGGAGCGAGGCCGUGCGGAAAUCGAAGUGUUGUGAAGGUGGUCUUCGUGUCUCAAACUUGAUUUAUCAAUUUUCCUUUACAGACCGAGCGGGCUUAUCAGAAACAGCCCACCAUCUUCCAGAACAAGAAACGUGUUCUGGUCGCUGAUGGUGGCAAGGAGGUCAAGGAGAAGCUCCCCCGCUACCACAAGAGUGUCGGACUGGGCUUCAAAACCCCAAGAGAGGUAAGCUGAAUCGACUACAUGUGGCCAAAUGCAGUAACAGAGUUAGGGGUUUAAAGCUGUUCGGGUUUUAAAAUUAUCAGCUGCAGAGGAUGUUUUUCUCACGAUGGUCUUCCAAGCCUGCAGGGCUCUGACGAAAGUGCCUUUUGGCAUUACUGAUGCAGUCCAACCCUCCUCAAUGUGUGCAUAGGGACUCAUGGAAAGUGGCACUAACACCCCCUUUUCCCCAACAGGCUAUUGAUGGCACUUACAUUGACAAGAAAUGCCCCUUCACUGGAAAUGUCUCCAUCCGUGGCCGUAUCCUCUCUGGUAAGUUUGAAACACUACAGUGGAUCUGAACAUAUAACAGACUUUGGCUUGGCAUUUGUCCAUGGAGUUGCACCUAACAGCUACAUGUCCUCAGACAUAUGCAGAGGCAACCCAAGCCAGAGUCUCUAUAGGCUUUUCUGCCACUGUCCUGCAAAUGAUGUUUUUCUCACGAUGGUCUUCCAAGCCCUUUGGGUCCUGACGACACUGCCUAAAGGCAACACUGAUGUAUGAGUGGUAGUCUUUGAGAAAUGAGGAAGUUUCCUUGAACUCAAAGAAAUCCAUGGUCCCGCAGAGUUUAUUUCACGUAACGAUAUUCAAAUAUUGCUUGUUUUUGUGUUCUUCACAGGUGUGGUGACCAAAAUGAAGAUGCAGAGAACUAUUGUUAUCAGACGUGAUUACCUGCAUUACAUUCGCAAGUACAACCGCUUUGAGAAGAGGCACAAGAACAUGUCUGUCCAUCUGUCACCUUGCUUCAGGUAUUAUGCUUCUCACUCCCUCUUUACUUAAGGUUCCAACAGUCAAUAGCAAAGCUGAGAGUACAGAUGGCCUGAAUAAAUUGCAUGUUUCUCAUCAGUUGUAUUUUAAAAGUUUCUUGAUUUUUAGAUUCAGACUGAAUCACAUUUUGCUGCAAAUGAUGUUUUUUCUCACGAUGGUCUUCCAAGCUCUAGAAGCUUUGACGACACUGCCUUUGGCAUACACUGAUGCAGCUCAGCCUGACAGUUCUCUAUAUGAAGCUAAGCAAGCCUGGACGUGGAAACAGUUACCCACUAAACAACUGUUUGUUUCCACAGGGACGUCACGGUUGGAGACAUUGUGACCGUCGGAGAGUGCCGACCGCUCAGCAAAACUGUGAGGUUCAACGUCCUCAAAGUGACAAAGGCUGCUGGAGCCAAGAAGCAGUUCCAGAAAUUUUAGGUGCGAUUGAGAGGCUGCCAUAAGCUGAUUUGUCACACUGUCAAAUAAAGAAAAUCUUGUUUAAAUAUCUUUGUUGUUGCAGUUCUUUAAAUAAGAAAUUCUUCCAUUUAGGUAUCAAAUACAUAAAAAAAACUCCAGCUU